GGGUCUAUUUCAAUGUCCACCGGGAAGUCAAUAACCGAAACAAAACGACCGCCGGUUGAUCCACCCUUACAGUCAUCAUAAUCUUUGUCGAAUCUCAAACCUAGUUCAGGCCUCGGACAAUACUGUAAUCAAACCCUAGAGAUGGAUCUCCUCAAACAAGAACUUCUUAAGAAACGGCAGAGCCUAGCUCAGGAGACCGGCGGCAGGCGCGUCUUCAAACGAUCCGAAAUGGAACAAAAGCAAAUCCAAAAGCUUCGCGAGCAAGAGAAACGCGAACUCGAAGCUAAAUCUCGCCGCCAAUCCACCACAUCCUCCUCCACCACCAACGCCACUUCCGCCAAAUCAAAUCCCUCCGCUUCCAGCACGGCAUCCACGACCGCAACUUCCACCGCCGGUUCCUCCAAAUCCCUCACCGAUGAACAAAACAUCGACAACCUCGACCUUCCAAGGCAAGAAGUCAUCCGGCGCCUCCGCUUCCUCAAACAGCCAAUCACUCUCUUUGGCGAAGACGACGCAGCUCGUCUUGACAGGUUAAAAUACGUCUUAAAAGCCGGGCUUUUCGAGGUUGAUAGCGAUAUGACCGAGGGUCAAACCAAUGAUUUCUUGAGAGACAUUGCGGAGCUGCGGAAGCGGCAGAAGACGGGGAUGUUGAGCGAGAGGAAGAGAAAGGAUAGGGAAGAAGGGGGAGGAGGAGAGGAUGGGGAAGGAGGCGGAGGAGAAGAGGAGUUGAGUGGUGAUGGUGGGUCCAGUGGAGUCGAUAUGGAUAAGGAUUUGAAAAGAAUGAAGGCGAAUUUCGAUGAGUUAUGUGAUGAAGAUAAGAUUCUGGUGUUUUUCAAGAGGUUGUUGAAUGAGUGGAACCAGGAGCUGGAUGAGAUGGGUGAGGCUGAGAAGAGGACUGCGAAAGGGAAGUCCAUGGUCGCCACGUUCAAGCAGUGCGCCCGGUAUUUAAAUCCGUUGUUCAAGUUUUGUCGGAAGAAGGUUCUUCCAGAUGAUAUCUGUCAAGCAUUGUUGGUAGUGGUUGAGUGCUGCAUGAAGCGGGACUACCUGGCUGCAAUGGAUCAGUACAUUAAGUUAGCUAUUGGUAAUGCACCCUGGCCAAUUGGUGUCACGAUGGUUGGUAUCCAUGAACGUUCAGCUCGUGAGAAGAUCUACACUAAUAGUGUUGCCCACAUAAUGAAUGAUGAGACAACUCGCAAAUACUUGCAGUCGGUCAAAAGAUUAAUGACCUUUUGCCAACGACGUUAUCCCACCCUUCCAUCUAAAGCAGUUGAGUUCAACAGUUUGGCUAAUGGCAGCGACUUACAGUCACUGCUAGCAGAAGAGAAGGUUUCUGGGGGUAGUUCCUCAGAUGACAGGCUUAGGUUAAUGCCUGCUCCAAAGGAAAGCUAGUUAUCAUUUGCAUGAUGUUUUAUGUAAACAAUAUGCUUGAACGUGUUACUGUUAAGAACACAUCAUGGCUAGACUCAGGGAAGCAUUGUUUAGAACUAUAUAUAUAUGAAAAAUUUAGUUUAGUUUUAGUUAACGGAAGCUAUAUAUAUGAAAAAUUUCCAACUGUAACAUAUGGAAAUUUUUGAGUGUC